AUGGACCAAGCGCCUCCAAUUCGGCGCACCCGCGUCGUAGACUUGGGUGCCAUGCCGCGCGAAGAAGUUAUCCAAGUUGCAAAGAGGCAGGCACAAGGUAUUCGUGAGAAGAAUAUGCGCAUCAAGGCCCUUGAGGAGCUGGUCGUGCAGCUCACCGGUCGACCAGCUCCAGAGGUUGCAGCCACAGGUCUAAGCCCAAGCCAGAGCUCCACAGGCUCACUCCCACCGCUGCCACCCGAGCACAGCGGUGAGUUGGCGCUGCAACAGGCCAUGGAGGAGGAGCGCAUGGCAUACGCUACGGAAAUAAGCCGCAACGAGGAGCUCCUCAGGAAGCUCCAGACGCAGUUAGAUGACAAGACGGCCGAGCUUACCGCGUUACAAGAAAAAGUGCAUGUCUGGCAAGAGAAGGUUAUGAUGGCCUCCCGUCGCGACCAGGAGAUAAUUGCCGAGCUGCAGACGCGUCUAGCACAGCAGCAAGGCAAUGCCACCGUCACGCCGUCCUUCUCUGCGGACACGCCAGCAGCAGUUCCACCUGAUGUCUUAGAAGCCGCCGUACGGGAAAAGCUCUCCGUGUGGAAGGAACGCGUCAAGGCAAAAAUGCAGCAGGACAUGGACCGUAUCCAAGAACUUGAAGGGCAGCUACAGUCAAUUCAGAAAGAAAACCGGCCAUCGGCUAAAGUGGAAUCGCAGAUAGAACACAGCGAAGCAAUAAACCCAUCCUUCCCGCUUUCCCAGCAGGAGCUAAAAGAAGGUCUUACAACUCAAAAAAGAACCGAAAACGGUCUGGAAGGAACACAUCAGCAAGAAGUGGAGCAAGGGAAGGAUCACUUGAUAGAAACCAUUCAGGAAGACAAGAGAUUGAUUAAAGAACUGCAGCAAGAGCUUCACACACUACGUUCCGUUUCGGCUGAAUCUAUCAUAUCUCUGGAGGCGCCAACAGAGGUUAUAAAUAGCAUUGCACUAGCUGCAGUGUCCGAGCUCAAACAGCUUCAAAAAACAAUGGCGCUUCGGGAAGAAGCCCACGAAGACAGAGUAAGCGCACUAAGACAUGAGGUGCAGCGGCUGACGUCGGAGCUGGCGGAGGCCCGGCGCGAGCGGGAGGAGGCCGUUGGUGCCGGUGAGACUAUGUGGCGUGACGCUGCGCGGGAGCAGGAGGAGGCGGUUGCGACCCUGACGCAGGAGGUGCAGCGGCUGACGUCGGAGCUGGCGGAGGCCCGGCGCGAGCGGGAGGAGGCCGUUGGUGCCGGUGAGACUAUGCGGCGUGACGCUGCGCGGGAGCAGGAGGAGGCGGUUGCGACCCUGACGCAGGAGGUGCAGCGGCUGACGUCGGAGCUGGCGGAGGCCCGGNGCGAGCGGGAGGAGGCCGUUGGNGCCGGUGAGACU